AUGGGUAGCCUGAAACAUAUUGUACAUAGGAGAGUUCACUUGGAACGUGGCCAAAAUGAACAUCGAAAAAAUAAGUUAGGACCUCUUGAAAAGCACAAAGAUUACAAGCGUCGUGCUGAGAGAUAUCAUUUGAAUGAAAGGAUUAUCGCAAGGUUGGAGGAGAAGGCAAGAAUUGCCAAUCCUCAAGAAUUUAACUUUAGUAUGACAAAAAGCCAAGUGCAGGAUGAUGGAACGGUGCUUAUUGAUAAAAAGGCCAAUCAUAAUGAAUCAAAUAUUGUUGAUAAAGAGUUAAAAUAUGUAGAAUAUAGAUUGAAUUUGAUGCGUAAAAAGGUGGAUAAGGAUCUACCAUUUGUUGGUACAAUUUUCUCCAACAAAUCCAAAACCAUACCCAAUAAUAAUAUUACAUCAUCGAAUAACAAUAAUGAUAUGACAUUGGACGAUGAUAUGCCCCUUGAUCAAAUCAAUAAAAAAAAACCAACUGGAGAGAUAUACAAAAAACUAUCAAAUUCCCUGGACCAAAUAAAUAAGUUGGUAACUAUCCGUGACAAAUUAAUUGAACGGAAAAAAGUUAUAGAGUCGAGGGAUAAAAAGAUUCCAAUUCUAAAAGUCUUAACCAAUGCUCAAGCGGUUAGGAUACAUAAAUUAGCCCCGGAAAGGAAGAGAUAA